AUAUAAAGUAGUUGGCGGGAAAGCGAGGCGUGUGUUUGGGACCAUUUCACCUAGAAAAUCUCGCGUAUUAUCGGACAAAAUGCCGAUCAGAAGCAAACGAUCACUCUCUAGCAACGACAGGAAGCCUCCUAGAUCAUCCAAGCAGCCAAAGGUUGAAGUAGUCAUUGUUGACAACUUGAGUGACAAGAGUCCUUCCAAGUAUUCUACUGCAAGCAGUGACUCUGUUCCCCUCUCUAAGCUGAAGCAAAGAGCUGUGAGAGCAUCCAAACGCAAAGAAACACCAGCUAGCAAGAAGCCCCCCAGGGAUGCCCAGAAAGUCCUUUUCUCCAAGAGUAGAAAAAUCAUCUCUAGUGAUGAGGAAGAAGAAGAAGAAGAUGAGUUCUCGAGUGAAGAGGAGUGGUCCAGUGAGGAGGAAAUGUCCAAAGAUGAGAAGAAGUUGAGCAGUGAGGAGUCUAGUAGUAGUAGUGGGGAAGAAUGGAGAGCUACAGGUCCAGUCAAAAGAAAGAAGGCUACUAAGCCCAAGAAAGUUGCCAAGCCUAAGAAGACUGCUGGGAAAGCAAAAGCAGCUGCAAAGGACUCUGGGAAGGAUGUUGAAAUUAUCGGAGCGAACCUGGACAGUGAUUCAGAGGAUGAUGACGUCCCAAACUCUGCAGCUGGGCACUACAUGUCUGAGUACGAGAAAAAACGUCUGCAAAACAUCAAGGAAAAUGCAGCGUUCUUCGAAAGCAUCGACCUUGCGUCAGCCAAGAACGACCUUAGCGAAGUCUCUACCUCUGCCAAGAAGUCUGCACAACCGAGGGGUCUGAAGGUGAAAAAGCAGUAUGAGUCAAGGUUGCCCCUGCCGCCACGACCACGCUCGUUGCGACUACAGAACAAGAACCCAGAGGGCGUUGACCUCCCACCCAGACCAGAGCCUCUACCUCUGUACCAGAACUCGCAUGUGGAAAGAAGUGGUCCAACCUAUAAGCACUUCUUUGUACAAAGGCACAUUGGUGUCAGACGAGGCUUGACUGGCAAACACAAAGGAACACCUUUUGGGCCUCGAAAGCCAGCAGGGCCCUUGGACAUGUCUGCUACCAAUGUCAAGGGCAACGACAACGGGCUGGGAGACCGGUUUCAACAGGAUCUUCACAAACUCGCUAAGAUUUCCAUUCCUGAAAGUGAUGGGAAAAAGAGACUGACUGUUACUCAAGAAAGUUUCUUGAAGUCGUUACAGUCCAUGACCAUAUCAGAGGAGAGGGUGGCCAAAGUCACACCCGAGCGUAUUUUCUCCGUUGCUGUCCACCCCUCCACAACCAAGAUGUUGGUAUGUGCCGGAGACAAGUGGGGCAGGCUGGGAUUGUGGGAUGUGGAAUCCCAAGACGGCGAUGACGGUGUCUACUUGUACAACCCGCACUCUCGACCAAUCAACUGCCUCCAGUUCUCCCCAGUGCAUCAUGGGAAGCUGUACAUGUGCAGUUACGACGGCACCAUGAGAUGUGCAGAGUUUGAAAAAGAUGUUUUCUCUGAGGUGUACAGUACAGAAGAGGGGGCUGACGUGCUGGUGAAGUACUUUGACUUUCUGUCAGAGGAUGGGACCACGUGCCUUCUGGGCCUGUCGGAUGGAGAUGUGGCAAUAGUAGACACCAGGACUAAAGGGUGUGAAGCAGAGCACUUGUAUCCAGCACAUGAUCGCACCAUCAAGACAGUCAGUGUACACCCCACACAGAGGCACUACUUUGUGUCCUGUUGUAAUGACAGCAAUGUGUACAUCUAUGACUUGAGGAACAUGAAGAAGAAAGGUAGCCAACAAUUCGUAGCCUCGCUUUACCAGCACAGUCGGUCGGUGUCUUCAGCAUACUUCUCCCCAGCCAGUGGAAGUCGUAUCCUCACCACAUGUUUCGACGAUAGAAUUAGGGUGUUUGAAACAUCAGCGAUUGGUCAGCAGACAGUCAAACCUCUCCGUGAGGUCCGCCACAACAACCAGACGGGGCGCUGGCUGACUCCGUUCCGCGCCAUGUGGGUCCCCGGCAGGGACGACCUGUUUGUGUCCGGCAGCAUGAAACAACCCAGACAGAUUGAGCUGUACAGUGACCAGACCUCCCUCCUCCAUACCUUCACCAGUCCUGACUACCUCACAUCCAUCUGUAGUAUCAAUGCCUUCCACCCAACACAGUGUGUUCUGGCAGGGGCAAACUCCAGUGGAAAGGUCCAUGUGUUCUCUGCAUCAAGUUUCUCACAAUCCUCCAACAAGAAAAGUCCAGGGUCUCCAAGAGUUGUACUCAAGAAAAUGGCUCUCUAAUACUUGAUGUGAAUAUUAUUAUUAGCAAGGUUCUAAGCAAUUCUCUAAGACUUUAACUGGUCUCACCAUCCUCGAACAAGAAAAGUCCAGGGUCUCCAAGAGUUGUACUCAAGAAAAUGGCUGUCUAAUACUUGGUAUUAUUAACAAGGUUCUAAGCAAUUCUCUAAGACUUAACUGGUCUCACCAUCAUCGAAGAAGAAAAAUCCAGGGUCUCCAAGAGUUGUACUCAAGAAAAUGGCUGUCUGAUACUUGGUGUUAUUAUUAACAAGGUUCUAAGCAAUUCUCUAAGACUUAACUGGUCUCACCAUCCUCGAACAAGAAAAAUCCAGGGUCUCCAAGAGUUGUACUCAAGAAAAUGGCUGUCUAAUACUUGGUGUUAUUAUUAACAAGGUUCUAAGCAAUUCGUCUUGCCAUCCUCCAACAAGAAAAGUCCAGGGUCUCCAAGAGUUGUACUCAAGAAAAUAAUCUGUCUAAUAUGUGGUAUUAUUGACAAGGUCUUAUAAGCAAUUCUCUAAGACUUAACUGGUCAUCUUUCUCACCAUUAAAAACUGAAGCACUCAUGAACAACUAGCUCAGUUUGGAGCAGUAGUAUAAGUGUUGGAAUAUCAUACAACAAUACAGUUUGUUCUGGUUUGUUCAAUUAACUUUCAGCCUGCUAAGGUAGGCCUUUGGCACCAAAUUUGUCUUAGUUACAGGGUUAGCUGGUAGCAAGAAGGUUAAACAAAUGCUGGUAAAACAAGUACAACAAGGCAAUCUUUAAAUGGCUCACAUAUUUGGGGCUGAAAAAGUUUCUGUUGAACUUAUAAAAUACUUCUCUUGCCAUUCCACAUAUGUCCAUAUGUUCUUAACUUCAGAAUUCCAGUUUCUAAUACUAGUAUAGCUUGCAACUUGAUGCUUUAUUCACAUAUGUUCCAGUUAAUAGUUAACAUUUAGUUGUUUCUUUGUUUGGUUACAAGUUUUGUUUCUAACAGUUAAUGUACUAGUUGUUAUUCAUUCAGUUUGAAGGGUAAAAGCUUUUUAAAACAUAAUCUUGAUAUGUAAAAUGAUAUGUCAAAAAAUUUACCUUACUCUCAAUUCUCAAAUACAAAUUUUAUUCCAUAAUUGGUUUCCUAAGAUGCAUUUUGAAAUCUGAAAAUAUUGGACACCAUUGAAUUAAUCUCUAUCAGUAGUUUUAAAAUUGUAUGAUUUAACAAUGAUAUUCUAUCUACUUGAAGUUGUUCAGAUGUAUCUACAUCAUUGGCCUGUACGCAGUUUAGUUCUUAAAAGCACUAUGAAAGUAUUUGUCUAUCUUGACUAGGAAGAGAAUUGGUUGUAUUUGUACAGAAAGGCUGGUAUCUAUGACUUCAGAUUUUAUCAAUACUGAUGAAUAAACUGAUCUUUUUCAUAAUAAGC